AUGGCACAGAAAACGCCGGUUAGCCUGAUGAACGAGCUUGCGAAAGCGAACAAACUUAACCCCGAGUACAAAGUCAUCGAAGAGAGUGGACCGGCUCACAAGCGAACGUUCACCGUUCAACUGACUUUGGGCGACGUGGGAAAGUGGGAUGGCCAGGGAACAAGCAUCAGAAGUGCUCGACAUGCGGCUGCAACUGUUGGAUUGGAAAAGUGUGGUCUGUGCAAGCCAGAAGUCGAGAAGCCUCUUGUUCCACAAGUGAAUGUAACCUCCACUGUUGUGCUGAACGUGCUGGCUAUGAAACUUGGCAAGCUGACUCAGUACCAUGAUUUACAACCGAAGAUUCCAUCGUACCAACGACCUGUUAAUAUCGGUUACCAAAACCUUCAGAUGCAACACCAGAUACCUGGGGUUCAUCACAGAGGGCCACUGCAUGCUCGAACCCACUAUGGGAUGUCCCAUCCUGGCCAGGAGCAGCAUUUUCCCCCUUACAUCCAAAAUGGGUAUCACCCCCGUUCUGCCCCGCCACGUGUACCAAGAAUCAGCUGUGUUAAGCUGGUGGUUGGAGAUCAGGAAUUUUAUGGUGAAGGGCGUGACAAGCAGUCUGCACGCAAAAGUGCUGCGGCAAAGGCUGUGAAAGUUUUGCAAGAAGAGCUGGCUGCUGCGGGAGAGAAGAAAAACUCGACCAUGAAGGCAGAUGAGCCAGCUAAUGUUCAAAAUGGUGAAGGAAAUGCAUCACAGUCUGAGGAUGUGACCAAAGGCAGUACAACUGAGAUGAAAUCAGAGAUAAGUAAAGUAUAUGAAAUAGCAGCUAAACGGAAACUCCAGGUAGGGUUUGAAGAUGUCAAGAGCAGUGGUCCUCCCCAUAUGAAACGCUUUGUGGUGAGUGCCACUGUUGGUGAAUUUGUCACUACAGGAGAAGGCUGUAAAAAGAAAGAUGCCAAGCAAGAGGCAGCAAAGAAAAUGCUGGAAGAACUGAAAAAGCUUCCAGAGCUACCAGCACAAGAGACAAGCUACAGGAAUGCUGGCCGGUUUGUGCGCCGUGGUCCACGUAUUUCCAAGGACAAGCAGGCAAAGGGGGAAAUAGACCCAUCUAUGAAUCCUGUUAGCAUCCUUGGACAGAUUCUUCAGCGCAGACACGAGCAACCACCAGUUUAUGAGCUUCUUCAUGAGAAAGUGAAUGCAAACCAGCGAGAAUUCACCAUGCAAGUGACUGUGGGGCAACAUAAGGCAACAGGAGCUGGUCCAAACAAGAAGGAAGCCAAGAAGAAAGCUUCUGAAGCUAUGCUGCAGUUGAUAGGCUUUCGUUCCAGUGAGGGAAAGUCUGCUAGUGCUCAGGUAACCUAUCUUUACCCUUUUAAACCCUAGUUUCAAAAUUUGAAUUCUUAGUUGUUUUCUACACACAUUUCCAAUAGAAAUAGUAAAGAGAAGUUGUGUAAGUAUAAAUUUAAUUUGUCUUCUGUGAUCAUGUUCUUAUUCUCAUGAUGUAAGGAGAAAUUUCAUGCUGAUGGUUCUUGGGUUGUAAAGGCCUUUUUUUUAACAGAACAGAGCCCUCUAUAUAUUGAACUAGUGCCUGGCGAAAAGCUUUAAGUGUCCUGUGAUCAUUGGUAGUCUCUUCUCACAAAUCAUUAUAUUUGUAUUGUUUUUUGAAACAGAGAGAAUGUGACGUUAGGUCAAGAGUCCCUUAGAGGGAAUAGGCUAUUUUUUACUUUCUCUACACAGGACUUUGGGCAAAAACUUUCAUACAAAAUUUUUCUUUCUAGUAAGCAAAUAAACCUUUUUGUCUCUUGAAAGGUUUUUUACUUGGCCCUAUUUUGAAAAUGAGGGUUGAAAAUUAAUUAUUUUUGUCUCUGGGCCUGUAAAUAACUUUAAGUUUAUAAAAUAAUAUUAUUGUAGCUUUCUUGCUCAAGGUAGGGAUGUGACUUUUGAGCAUAAUUUGAAAAAAAGCACCACGCAUGUCAAUAGACUGAUUUUAAUGGAUGUAGUCACUGUUUCGGUUCUUUUAACCAAAGUUGAUUUUCUUUUGUAAAUGCCCUUAUGCCAUCCUUUUCUCCGAAGGGAGACAAAUCGUCGAGUGCAGAGAAAACUAAUGGUGAUCAGAAAGCCUCAUUCAAUGGUACAGAACCUGGCAGCCAUCCUGUCACCAUCCUAGGCCGUCAACUAAAGCCAGGUUUGCUGCCUAUGGUCCCUGAACUCGCCAAACAGACUCGAUCAGACAUGAUGAAUGCAGUAGUUGCUCCCAUUGCACAAGUGAAGCAUGAACCUCAGGUAAAUAAACCUGUAAUCAGGCAUUCUCUUUUGUCUUCUUUUUCAGGGGGGAGGGGGAAGUGCAAAAUUUGAUAGAGGAGCAAAAGGUGCUCCUUAUACAUUUACUUUACAAGUCGUCUGCUGCCCCUCAGGUGCUAACCUGUCAACAGCAUAGUUAUGGUGCAUUGAGCUAUAAAUGUGAGCCAAUAAGAUUUUACUGGAUAAUCAUGUGGCUUGUAGGAAGGUGCAAAGAUAGUUAACAGACCUGGCCAAUAUUAGCCAUCAGAAGAAGAUUUUGAACCUGGUUUUAAAGAAAAGAUAAGAUGUUUGUAAUGUGUGAUAAACAAUAUAGUGAUAAAUGUUUGACCCUUUGCGUGACCUUCAAUUGCCACUCAAUUGUCAACAAAUUUACUGCUUGCAUGAAUUCAGUUUUUAUGUUUUGAUGAACAGAUGAACAGAUAUUUCUUUUGAUAUGAAUCAAUGAAAUGGGUAAAAAUCAAGAUAAAUCAAUAAACAAAACGAGUGUGUCAUUGAUUUCUACCAAUUGAUUGAUACAAUCGAUAUCAAUCAAAUCAGAUUUACUGAUUUUUAUCGAUUUAUCAAUUGACAAAUCGAUACCUGUUUUUAUUGAUUGACUACUCCGGGCAUGUAAAAUGCCGAUUAAACAUCACCAGUGGAUGGUGUCAAUUUUGUUUCAGAGUGUUACCCAUUUUUCUUCUUCAAGGGGAUUUCUUAGAUUAUAAGGUGAUUUUCCUAUAGUAUGAAAAUUACCUCCUUGAGUUACAUGAUCUUUAUUUUUCAGGAGCCCACAUUACAAGGAGGGCUAAACCGUGCUCCAGGCGCUCCUGUUGUCAAGACAACACCUGCUGUGUUAACGUCUGUCCAGAAGCUGCUGCAUCUAGCUGAAGUAGAAGGAUUAAGAGUACAAUUCACUGACUACCCUAAGGUUAGUUUAUUAGCCUUAGCCUUAAACUUUUCAUCAAUCAUCAUCUGACAUCAAAACUUUGUUAACGUGUCUUAGUAGCUAGCCUAGGGUAAUACCCCUCUUCUAAUUGGGGACAGUUAACAAUAUAACUAAGAAAACCUAUUAACUAGUAAAUGAUCCAAAGCCUUUUUGGUACUAAAAGCCUAGAUUUAAAAAACUGCCUUAAAUAGAAAUCCAGUCUGGAAAAUUUCAUUCUGUUAUGGGUUACAAAGAAUGCAGUUCAUUCAAUUAUCAUCUUCUACCAUCGCGCUUAGAUCAUACGAAGUUUAAACAUGCAUACUUCUACAUGCGUAUUCUCCACUUUGUGUUCUCCUUCUCUCAUUUCCUAUGGUACUUGUGCAACUUUUACAGUCAGGUGAUCUUUUAUUUAUCUUUUUUUUCCUCUCUCUCUCUCUUGUGACUUAAUGUUUGACUAAGUAGUGAAAUGCUAAUUGCUAAUGCUAAUGCUGAAGAAUUAUACAGACCAAGGAGUUCGUUCUUGGCCUUUACAGAUGACACCCUGUCAGACUAUUAUUUUGAAUGAAUAAUAAUGAACUAUUCACAGUUUUAAAACUAUGCUAAAAUAUGCUUAUCUUGUUCAAUGUUAAGUUCCCCUCUUUAUUUGCAUGUUCCUUGGCAAAUUCAGCAUAUAAAGGGAUGUGUAGUCUCAUGGAUAUUCUUUAACAUAGUCAUCCAUAAAGUUGUAUUUUUGCUGUCCUUGCUACCUUUUUAGGCAGUAGUUUGGCUAUUUUGUCUUCACAAAGCUUGUGAGAUUUUUGCCGCCAUUUUCUACAGCUCUAGCAAAACAAUACAAAACCUUGUCCCCAGCAGGGUUGUCACUAAGAUUUCAAGUUGCCGGGUAUUUGUUAUUAGUAGCCGGGGAAGUUGCAAGCAGUCAUGGAGCUUCCUUCCCCGUCGCCGUCGUUGUUGCUAAAACUCCCUACUGAAAUUUCACGAAUGGAGAGUUUUCGCGCGUGUGCACUAGUACCAAAUCUAAGUCAGAUGUCUUUUUCCGACGUUUCUUAGUUUUUGGACUUAAGUAUUUCAGAUUACUUAAACCUGCUGCAGAUGAAACUCGCAUUUAGUUUGAUGGAUAGUCUUUGUGUGUUUUAAAGGUGUGCUCUUUUGGUUUAAUUUAACGACGAAAGUAGCCGGGGGCCAUGCUCUGAGUAGCUGGGGGAAAUCCCCGGCCCCCGGCCCUUAGUGACAACCCUGCCCCAGGGUUCUUGUUACAGGUGUAUAUCUGUUCCUUAUUCUUUACACUUUCCAGGAGAGAGAGUAUCUGACUCUAGUCACAGUGACCUCCAUUCCACCUCUUACAUGUUAUGGUUCAGGAUUAACUGUAGAUGCUUCCAGGGAGGAGGCAGCAAAUAAUGCUUUAAAGGCACUGCUUCCAUCUGGUUUGGAUCGGUCAAGUGCAGUAAAAUCUCUCGAAGAAAAUCCAGGUACGUUGCAUCCUCAAAGAGCUCAUAAUGGUCUGUAAAUGGACAACGGCCAAAUUGAUCUUGUUUUCUUUGUAAACCUGAUUUCAAAAGACCAGGGCCGGGUUGUUCUAAGCUAGGUUAAGGUAACCCCAGGUCAAUGUGAAAUUUGAACUCAGUUAUGGCAGCUUAAAAAGCCAAUUCAGUUAAAUUCACUUUGACUAUAAUUUGAUGAUUGGAUACUCUAAAAAGAAGAGAGAAAAUAUUAUUAUCCGAGAGAGUGCUUUUGAUAAAAAGAAAAAGAAACCCGGGUUAAACCCCGGGUUAGCGCUAACCGGCAUUCGAACAACUGGGCCCAGGGCCGAGUUGUUCAAAGCUGGGUUAAGGUAACCCAGGUUUAGAACAAACUUUGAUUUUAAAAUCUCAAAAAUCAGAUUCGGUUUGGUUUAUUUUGACUACAAUUUGAUAAUUGAAUGCUCUUUUUAGAUGCAUCUUUUAAAGAAAUUAACUCUCUUCUUUUUAAACAGAGCAUUAAAAGCUGUAUAUUUUAGAUAUUUAUAGCCUCCCCGCAGACGUCCUUUGGGGUUCGUUUGUCACGCAUUCAUUUCUCCCCCACAGACGUCUGCUAAACACAGCCGACAUUUACCUUCUGGAUUGUUUGAAUAAGCCAAUAAGCGGUUAGUUAUUGUGUCACGAUCAGCCAAUCACGCGCUGUGAUAUAAGGGAUGUCUCUGUAUUCUCAAGUGAAUUAUUUAUUUGCACGGCUAUCUUCUACCUGAGACGACUCAAACGUUUUGAAAAAAUCACAGAAACGAUGCAAUAAAGCAUGGGUCGCGGACCAAGGACCAGUGCGCAAAAUUUGGUUAUAUUUUUUCAAGAGUCGGUAAAACAAAAAAUUCGAAGUCUACAGCAAUGUGCUUCCAACGGCAGAAAAAGGUUUAUCUGAAAACUUGUUCUGCAAAAAGGCACGUCCUCCUGUUGCGUUUUAUUUAUUCACAAGCUAAGUAAACAUGACCACAGUGCCGCCGAGUCCAAACUUCAAGCUAGAACGACAAAUUAACCUACCUGUCAACAAACUUUAAUCUCGCUCCUUCAAAGAAAGAAAGAAUGCUUAUAAUCAAUAAAACACUGAACCAUUCAUUGUUCAUUGUAUUUUAUUUCUCGACGAAAAAAAUAUUUAAUCAUGCUUGGGAAAGUCGCCAACCAAGGACCACAUACUAACUGUACAAGUCACUCGCUAACAUUUCCUCCACCGAUCGAUCUUCAACCAAGCUUCUGGGCUUCCGUAAACAACAGAGAAAGUCCCUCUCUCGACAACCCUCAUAUUCUCUUUGCUAAUAUCACUGAGUGUUACANUAAUAUCACUGAGCGUUACAGCAGGAAUACCAAUAUUUUCCAGCUUUGUAGAUUUACCAGGGGAGAAACAACAACAACAAUAAUGUCCAGUAGUUCAUCCUGGUAGUUCCACGCACUGUGUCGCAAACAAGCAGCAAAGCUUGAUAGAUAAGGGAUUUGCCAAAUCCCGUCGGCAAAUUUAUGAACACAAUUCGGUCUUCGUUAUUAAAUUUGCAGGAUAGCUUCUCUCUGAUACUUGUUUAACUCUGUAUUAAUUACAAAUUUCUCACACACUCGGAUCAAAAGCCUCACUGAUCGUGCGAAUCUUAAGAAGCGGCUCGGGUUACGUUUUACAAAAAUCCGUAAACGGCCUCUGAUUGGUGAACGUAAAUGUCGGCUGUGUUUAGCAGACGUCCGUGGGGGAGAAAUGAAUGCGUGACAAACGAACCCCAAAGGACGUCUGCGGGGAGGCUAAGAUAUUUAUGGCUUUUAAUAUUUUAAUCUAUCUGACAUUUUAACAUUUUUUUAAUCUGUAGCUUAUAUUAGUUAAGUUUUUAGGUCUUAACUUUUUACUUUUUUAUUACCAUUCAUAUUUACAUUUAUCUUAGAUCAUUUAUUUUUCUAUUGUUUUACAGGGCCUCACUGAAUAUCACUCUAUGUGAAGUGAGCUCCCUGUAUAAAGAUUAUUAUUAUUAUUAUUAUUAUUAUUAUUAUUAUUAUUAAAAAGAAUAGAGAAAACUAACUGUGUCAAUCAUCUUGCAGUUUUCAGUUUUGAAACCGUUUCUGUCUGGAAAUCAUCUACUAAGCUAACACUUUCAAACAGACUCACAGGACCACUGAGGCUUAUUUCACUUGCCCAAUGGGCUUUUUGCUUGCCCAAGAUCAAAACUUACUUGCCCCAGGCAAUUGAACCUGGGUUUUUUCCUGCCCUGCAUACACUGUAGUUACUGGACAAUUAAGUGACUAUUAAAACAUCUUGUGUGAAUAGUCAUAAACAUGCACUUAGAAGCUAAAAAGUAAGAAGCAGAUAUUAAAAAUGGCAAGGUUUUUCAUUUCUCUUUGAAACCCAAGAGUUAGGUGUAACCUUGAUUGAAAUGUUUUUGUUUUCAUUGGUGAACAUUCAUUUCCUAAGUUCACCAUUAACAUUGACUUUUUAUCUUGUUUCAUGUAGGAAAUAUGAAACCGCAAAUGUCUGUCAACUCUGAUGUGAAUGGUAGUGAUGAAGGAAGGGAAAUUCAAGUAAAGAAAGAAUAA